CUGCAAUUUUCUUUUCACGUUCAGGGGAGUCGUUCGCUCAAUCGAGCUCGGGAAGAGAAGCGGAAGAAGAAGGAGUUGCUUCAUUAAUAGUUCCAAAAAUGGAGACUGCAACGGCUAAAAUUGCACCCUCGAUGCUAUCAUCUGAUUUCGCAAAUUUGGCAUCGGAGGCCCACCGCAUGUGCCAAUGCGGCGCCGACUGGCUUCACAUGGAUAUCAUGGAUGGGCACUUUGUCCCAAAUCUUACCAUUGGAGCUCCAGUGAUUGAGUCAUUGAGGAAGCACACUGAGAUAUUUCUGGACUGCCACUUGAUGGUUACAAAUCCUAUUGAUUAUGUGGAACCAUUAGGAAAAGCUGGUGCUUCUGGUUUUACUUUUCAUUAUGAGGCAGCCAAAGAUAAUUGGCAAGAACUCAUUUCUAAAAUCAAGGCAAAAGGCAUGAAGCCUGCGGUAGCAGUAAAGCCUGGAACUCCAGUUGAAGAAAUUUAUCCUCUUGUUGAGAGUGAAAAUCCUGUUGAAAUGGUCCUUGUUAUGACUGUGGAACCUGGAUUUGGUGGUCAAAAAUUCAUGCCAGAAAUGAUGGAUAAGGUGCGUACAUUGAGAAAGAAGUACCCCUCUCUUGAUAUAGAGGUGGAUGGUGGCUUGGGAGCUUCAACCAUUGAUACAGCAGCUUCAGCAGGGGCAAAUUGUAUCGUGGCUGGAAGUUCAGUAUUUGGAGCUCCAGAACCGGCCCAUGUUAUAUCUGCUAUGAGGAAGAGUGUGGAGAAUGCACAGCAAAAGAGUUAAUACAGAUAAAUUACAUUGUGGUGAAUCUGGUGAUUCAUUUUCUAUCAAUAAUCUUGUUGUCUGUACAAAUUUCCUGAAAUUGAUUUUGUAUUGAUAUCUGAAUGGAAAAUUUUCCAUCGAUAGUUUUCAUGCAUACAACGGUCUGUAUGUUGUACUGAAAUCUGAGUGUAAUAAAAAUCAAGUGAUUUUUUUUCC